CAUCACCGCCAGCACAACGAAGUCUCAACCACCACGGGCACGCGCACGCGCCAAUCGAAUCGAGCCCAUCACUGCGCCUGCACUACACCUGUGUGGUACCCUUUGCGGCCUGUCCCCGGGACGAUACCGCUGCGGAGUCGUCGAUUCUGCAGCCCACCCUAGGAGCGCCGCAAAGUUCGACGUAUCUUUCCCCAUACCUUCCGCCAAUCCAUCACACACUUGGACUCGAUGUCUUGAACCUGGCUUGCUCCAGUUCUCUCGUCCACGGCUCCGAACCCCCGGGCGCCUACAAUCAUGCCCCCUCGAACAUCCCAGUGCUGUCGAGCUCUCCACCGCAGCACACAGCCACAUGUUAAUCGGUUCGGCGUUUCCGAUAUAGUCCUCGCGGCUGUAUUUGAGCAGUACUGCUCAGUAGCAAAGAUUCAGGUCCGCCAUGGGUCAUUCGUGCCGGGUCCAUUCGAGAACAGACGCAGGGAUGGUAGGAGGCGGAUGGGCGAGCUCAGAUUGGGACAGACAGCCGGCUCUGCCGCACCCUGGGAACUUGAGAACGUGCCUGACCUGACGCAAUGGCGAUGGACUCCGCCGACCUCAGCAGCCCGUAGAAUACGACAGCAUCUACGGACUGGGCAUCGCUCGCUGCUGAAAACCGUGUUUCACAGUUCACUACACCCUCUGAGCACCUUGUGGGGGGCUGUCAGUGCUUUCAUCCACCCUGCCGCGCUCAGCGUGCAACAAGCCGGCGCAACCCCCAUCGACUUCAUCGAGCUCGGAUUCGCGCAGAUCAGCCAAGACUUGUCGCGAGAUCCCUCGCUCAGUAGAGCCCCUAAAUUCCUCGACUACUGCCAAUAUCUUGAACAGGCACUUAGCUCAGGUCGACUCAAAGGUUCAGAUGUAACUGUCUUGUUUUCCAACCUCCAUCAAGGUCUCCGUGCCCUGGCUUCGCCACAGCUGUGCGGCAUGAAAGCAUUGAGCACAGUGCAGGAUAUGGUCCUCGUCCUCAUCAAGAGCAUAGCAAACGGUCUUGCUAGUCAAGACAGCAGCAAUGGCCCUCUCCAUCAUGAUUCACAGCUUUACAGCAGCUUGCUUCUCGCACUAUCUGAAAUUCGGCGCAACGAAGCUGCGGCGGUCCUGAACGCAGUGAUCGCGGGAAUACCCGAGCAAUGUAUGGGCGCUCUCACUCAAGAAAUCGACACCAUUCUGGAGGCAUUUUUCUUCAGUGCUGCCAGAAAAAACGACCUUGGGGCCGCAACAACACUCCAGAGCAAUGAGUUGCUUCAAGCAUGGCUGAGCCUUGACAGUACACGACACCUCGAAAUUUUGAAUGCCGCCACACGGACAGCACUUGCAAGUGUGCAUUCAAGCAGAAGGACAUCUACGAAAGUGCGGCUAGCCUGGUUGCGUCUGCUCACAAGACUCCCAUAUGUCAGCAUGGACUAUUUAGCCACAGCCUGUGCUUACGCUGAAGCAGGCAAGAGAACGCCACCUCUUUCGGGGGAAGAUAUUUGUGAGCUUUUGCUCGCUCGACUGGCCAGGCAUGGGUACCUAGGGCCCGCACGUGAUACAGUCAACAUCCGCGCGAAGCAUGCGAAGGCUAGUUGCUUCUACCCGUUGGGUUCGGAUCUUGGCGAGCGAGGCGACAUUAUGAACUUGCUGAGAGCCGCGAAGUUCUUGGCUUCGGCCGGCCGUGAGCAAGAUGUCCGGCAGCUUUUGAGAGGUGCCAAACGUGCCCUGCAAGCUGGCGAUGGCGCGCUUAGCAGCAAGUCAUUGCCAUUGUUUGACUUGGCAGUUGCGUGCGAAAGCCCCUCGGACGUCAUACGAGUACUCGAAAAGUACACAAAGAACUCGAGCCUUUCUGCCGAGUAUUACUGGCAAAGCAAGCAGUCGCUCGCAGACCUCACAAAAAUGGUCGCGUUGCGGAAAAUCAGCCGAGCUAAAGUGCUCAGCGCGCUGCAGUUGGAUGCACCUGUCCGUGGAAGAUCGGUACCAAGGAUCAUGCAUAAAUCGAACGUGCAGACCCAGAAAGCCAUUCGUCUGGCGCAGGCUGCUGUGGCCAACGCUGCAAGAUCGGACCGGUCAGCAUUUGAAACGGUAUUCCACUGCGUCAACUACGUGCGGAAGCACCAGGGGAGAGUGCCUACUGCACUGCUCAAAUGCGUUCACCAGUUGGUCAAGAAUGAUCUACGGUCUGGCAAGCUCGGCGUGCAAGUCCGCAUGAAGUGGUAUUUAGACCUUGUUGGCAUGAAGUCUGGGCCGGAGAUUCGGUUGAAGACAGCACAAGCCUUGCAGCGGUGGAGGGAACACAACCGGGAACUGGCACGACAUGAACAGUGUCGAACACAAGAGUAAAAGGGGCCAGAUUCUGUGGUGAUGAGUAAUUCAUGACGACGACGACUCAGCUUCGGUGGAAGUGGUCGACGAGAUGUGCUCGAACACUGUAUUUAUCCCGAGGAGGCAGCGACGAAGUAUAUGAAAAUCUUGUCCUCAUGCGGAGCCAAGAAAUAAGGAGCCAUCUGUCGACAUAUCAGCGCGACGUCUUGGCCGCUUCCAGAACCUGGUGAAUGAUCGUACAGGGCAUGACCGGGGAUUCAUCUCGCGACUCGAACCGCAACGAGCAUCUGUUCCUCGCCCUGCACAGCCUCCGCG